AUGAGACUCACACGCCUUCUCUCUUUGAUCACUAUUCUGGUGCUUUCCAGUCUCGUUCUAUCCGCACCAACAACUCUUCAAGAUAUCAGGGAUGUCCUCUCAGAAGAGCCAAAUCACUAUCACGACCAACCAUGUCCUUCUGAGAAGGUUCCCCGCGGUGUCAUACUUCCGAGAGAGACACAAUUGAAGACCGUGAAGAUUGCUGUUAUUGGAGGUGUUGCUGGUUUGGUGGUGCUAUCGAUUCUUGCUCUCUGUUGCUGUCAUAGGAAGAAGUCGUAAGUUCAGAAAUUUGUGUUAUUGUUGCAGCAGUUUGCUAAGCAUAUUAGGUGA